UGGUGAUCAGUUAAUUGAUUCAUAACCAAACUUCAUUCUGUUUUCUUUUAUAGUACAUUUUCAUAUAUUUAGUACAUAGAAUGGAGUCGACCAGGUUUUCACUGACCUUUUGUUUCAUAGGCUUAGCUUUGUUCCCUCUUAUGUAUGUGCAAUCUGCACCAACGGCAUAUAGAUCAGCUAACGCUCCAGUUAUGUAUGUGCUACCGAAUGACUCUUCUGUCCCCCCUGAUGGCCCUAAUACGGUGGUUUCUCGUGCUCCUCUUCCUGUCGGUGCUGAUGGCCCUACUACGGUGGUUUAUCGUGCUCCUCCUCAUGUCGGUGCUGAUGGCCCUACUACGUUGGUUUAUCGCGCUCCUCCUCAUGUCGGUGCUGAUGGCCCGCAUACCUUCGUUGCUCCUCCCCCUCCAGCGGCUCGACUAAGCCCCAGUCUUGUGGUCGGGUUGAUUGUUGGAGCUGGUGCUUUGAUUUUUGGCUUAGGUUUCAUUUGGUUCAUUUUAAGGAGGAAAACACACAAGGCGAGCAAAUUAGAUUAUGAUAUGUUUGAUGAGCUCUUCGGUGGUGAAUUCCAAAAUGGGAUGGGACCAAGGAAGUUUUCCUUUGUGGAAAUAGCUAAAAUGACCAGUAAUUUCAAGGGUGAAAAGCUUGGAGAAGGAGGGUUCGGUGCAGUUUAUAGAGGAUACUUAAGGGACUUGGAUACUCAUGUGGCUGUUAAGCGGAUUUCAAAGGCCUCUAAGCAAGGAAUUAAGGAAUAUGCAUCUGAAGUGAAGAUCAUUAGCCGAUUGAGGCACAAGAAUCUGGUCAAGCUUAUUGGCUGGUGUCACGAAAAGGGGCAACUUAUACUCGUUUAUGAGUUCAUGGUUAAUGGCAGCCUAGAUUCCCAUCUUUUCAAAGGUAAAACCUUAUUGACCUGGGAUGUGAGGUUUCAAAUUGUGCAGGGCCUGGCAUCAGCUCUUUUCUAUCUACAUGAAGAAGGUGACCAUUGCGUGCUACACAGGGAUAUCAAAGCCAGCAACGUUAUGUUGGAUUCUAGUUUCAAUGCUAAAAUAGGGGAUUUCGGGCUGGCUCGACUAGUCGAUCAUGUGAAAGGGUCACAAACAACCCAUUUAGCCGGGACCAUGGGCUAUAUUGCACCUGAAUGUGUUUCAUCAGGAAAGGCUAGUAAAGAAUCUGAUGUCUAUAGUUUUGGAGUUGUUGCAUUGGAGAUUGCAUGUGGUAGAAGGUCAAUAGAGCCUAGAUAUGAAGAAUCUCAGGCUUCGCUGGUAGCUUGGGUGUGGGAGUUGUACGGAAACCAACAGAUACUUGGUGCAGUUGACCUGAAAUUAGGCAUGGACUUCGAUGCUAUACAAAUGGAAUGCUUGUUGAUGGUUGGGCUGUGGUGCGUCCAUCCGGACCAAAAUUUGAGACCGUCGAUAAGACAGGUAAUUCAGGUUCUUAAUUUUGAGGCACCAUUGCCAAAACUUCCAAGUAGGAGGCCUACUCCCACAUAUGAUGUGCAAACUACUUCUGGAAUUCAAGGAAGCAGGGUGCAAAAUCGACACGGGCUGGCACACGGGCGUGUGGCCAACCCGUGUGGAAAUGCCCAGGCCGUGUGGAUCUUGGAAACAACUCUUUUUUCCCGAUUUUGGCUCGUUUUUUGCUCGUUUUGCUCCCCUAUGCUCACCUAAGUAUAGAAACAUGAAUUUAAAGGAUUAGGAGCAUCAAAUUCACUAAUUCACAGAAUAAAUCAUCCAAAAAUGCAUCAAGAAUGAGAUUAAAAACAUAUUACUUUUAUGGCUUAUCAUCGACUCUUUUUUUUUUAAAACGAAGACGGAGUCACCACCAAUCCUUUUAUUAGGUAUGAUUGGAUCACCUCAAAACUUGAUCAUUUUAAUAAAAAGGUUAUAUUUACUAAACACUAAUUUUCAGUCUACAAAAUCCAGGAAAUAGGUUCGGGAGUCGGUUACAUAUGAGGAAGGAUUAACACACUCAUAACGCCCAAAAUUGAUGCCUAGUUGAUUACUUGAUGUCUUAGCGUCGAAAAUUGAGAAUUCGAAGAGAAUUUAAAAUGCGAUCUCUUUUUACAUGAUGUUUUUUAAUGGCAUUGAAUAUAUCACUAUCUAAAUUAAAUUUUAUGGAGGAGGCUCUCUUAUUUUGAGUUAAUCGAGAAAAAAAUCAUGUCCCGUAAGUUAGGGCAUGAUGUCUCGAAUCCCCAAAAGCAAGAAUACUCGUCGUUUGAUUAUUACCUAAAUCCUAUACGUCUUGAAUUUUAAAUAGGAUAUUGUUUAGUUAUCUAGGUUCUAGGAGGAGGUCAUACUCCGUAAGUUAGGAACACAACUCCUCGAAUCCCAAAAAUAACGAACAUUGCCUCAGUUUUAAUUACUUUUUAUGCAUUGUGUAAAAAACAGAUGAAUGUAUGUAGCAAUAUUUACAAUAUAAGAUGAUGACAAAAUUAUGAAAUUAACAAAAUGAUAACAUAAAUAAUGAAAUAAAAUGACAAUAAUAUAAUAAUAUAAUAAAUAUAAUAAUAAAUAAUAACAAUUCAAUUAAUAAUACUAUAUAAUAAUGAUAAUAAUAGUGAAAUAAUAUAAAAAUGCACGAUGAUAAUAUAAUUAUAUCCAAAAUAAAAUAGUACUAAUAGUAUUAAUAGUAUCUACAUUUAAAAAUAAUUAAUAAAUAAUAAAUAAUUAUAUUUUGAAAAAUAAAAAUAAUAAUAUGAGCAUGCCUAAAUGGGCUUAGGUUAAUCAUUUAUAAAUAUUGACGAGUUUGGGUAAAAAUUGAUGCUCAUAUUUUGGAUCACAUUGAACUUGAGCAACCAUAUAUAAGACCUAAUCCAAAAUCAGAUUGAUCCAACUCAUAAACAUCUCUAUUGAGUAGAGAGAGAAAGGAAGUGGCUUUGUAUAAGAGGUUUUGAGUUUAGGGUUUAAAUUUGUUAUAUUAUUUAAGGAUAAAUCUCAAAACUAUACAUAAACUUUGAUUUUGUGCAAUUUUAUACAUGAAAAUUUGAUUUGAUUCAAUUUUCACAAAUUAUUAAUGCAAUUAUUGAUAUAGCAUCAUU